CUUGUAGGUAAUUUACCCUUCUUCGAACUGACGUCGGAGGCUGGAUCAUCAACCAUCCGAGCGAGAUCAGUGGCGACAUAACAUCACCGCGUAUUUUGACACACGUUCACAACCUUCCUUACCAUUCAACCUCGCACACCGAACCGCGCCCAACACCUCCCUCCUUUAUCGGACCUUCUACCGAAUCAUGAAUUACGUUCAAUUGGAGAAGUUGGGGGAAGGGACGUAUGCUACAGUGUACAAGGGAAGAUCGCGGACGACUUCAGAGAUUGUAGCCCUCAAAGAGAUUCACCUGGAUGCUGAGGAAGGUACACCCAGUACGGCCAUAAGAGAGAUCAGUUUGAUGAAGGAACUUCGACAUGUCAACAUAGUCAGAUUACACGAUGUCAUACACACCGAAUCUAAACUUGUUCUGAUAUUCGAAUACUGUGAACAAGAUUUGAAAAAGUAUAUGGACACACAUGGAGACAGAGGCGCUUUAGACCUUGCCACUGUCAAACAUUUCACACAUCAAUUGUUGAAUGGAAUACAAUACUGUCAUGAUAACAGAGUGCUGCAUCGUGAUCUCAAACCUCAAAAUCUGUUGAUCAAUCGACGGAUGGAAUUGAAGAUUGGUGAUUUUGGUCUAGCUAGAGCGUUCGGAGUCCCGGUAAACACUUUCAGUAACGAGGUCGUGACAUUAUGGUACAGAGCUCCUGAUGUUCUCCUAGGCUCGCGGACAUAUAACACUUCCAUCGACAUCUGGUCCGUUGGCUGCAUUUUCGCAGAGAUGAUCACCGGCUACCCUUUGUUCAGAGGGAGAGACAACCCUGAUCAGCUCAAUUGUAUUAUGAAAGUCAUCGGGACUCCAAGUGAAGCUACCAUCGCGCAGAUCAAGCUGGAUUCAAUUCAACUGAAGACUCCCCUUACGAAAUACUCCAAACAACCAAUGCACCUUCUCCUUCCCAAGGCUCCCCAUGAUGCUGUCAACCUGAUCGAACAUCUCCUACAAUUCGAACCUUCCCGGCGAUACGACGCCGCCAAAGCUCUUCUUCACCCAUACUUCACCGCAGCUCCCAUCGCCCCUCCUCCUCUUCCUAGCGCCGUGUCGUCGGCUUUGGCACAGCAGCAACAACAACAACAGCAGCAGUAUAUGAUGCAGCAACAGGGGUAUUAUGGUGAGUCAUCGAUUCGCUUCUAA